AUGUGGAUUGCGCACUAUGCUUCAGGUCUGAUUGCGAAGCCAUUCGCACCAGGCAUCCCGUUAUCCGUCUUAUGCCUCGCAGGCGCUGCAGCAGAUGCAUUGUUCUUCUUACUCAAUUUCAUCGGCCUCGAGUCGUUCAACUUCGACGCUUCGAUUGCAGGAGGAUGCUUCCCGUAUACCAACGACUACCCAUACUCGCACUCACUGGUGGGGAUGGGCGUCUCGGGGUUGCUGGUCGCCGCUGCCUACAAGGCAGCGAGGCCGGACGCACGGGUAUCCUCGACAGAUCUGUUGGUAAUAGUGGCGGCAGGACUCAGCCAUUUCCUGUUGGAGUGGCCAUCGCACCGGCACGACGUCAAGCUCACACCGCAUGAUGCGCACGCGUUCGGAGUAGGGCUGUUUAACUACCCCACGUUGAACCUGUUGGCGGAGACGGCUAUCUUCCUCGCGGGUCUCUGGGUGUACGCGACCUUCGCGCCCAAAGUCACGAAGACGGGAUACCUGACGCACAAGAAUCGUCUCGGGAUGAUUGUUGCCUUCAUGCUCGUACAGCAGGCACACUUCUGUUAUGGAGCCGCGCCGACGGCGGAGACACGCUGGGUUCAUGCACCUAUCUUCUUAGGCGAAAUCUUUGGAAGCUGCUGGGUGCUGGGCAAGCUGGAGGGUUGA